AUGGCCGACACGGUAGUGCGUGCGAUUCUCCCACAAUACUUUCCCUCCGUGCUCACGCUCGCCGAGUACCUGGCGCAUGUGCUUCCCGCCUCGGAGCUGGGAAGCGUGCUGGCCCCGCCGCAAGGCUGCGAGGAAGAAUGGGCGCGCUUGCUGGGCGGCGCGAUGGGGGUGCAUGCACUGACCCAUGCUCCCCCACACAUGCCGCAAUGGAUGGCACAGAUGGAAGAAGAGAAUGACACAAAACGCUUUGUGGCGCUGAUACAGCACGUCCAGCGCGUGAUUCUGGCUGAAUGCAGCGCCGGCCAACGUCGCUCCGAUAUGCUUGUCCUAGGCUACCGCCGCGAUACCCAAGACACGCGCGGUAUUUCCAUGCUCUCCGGCAUCUCCAAUACCCACCCAAACACCGUCCUCGCGAGCAUGAUCACGAGCAGCGCUUGGCAGCGGCUGCUGCGCCGCGCUGGGCCGCACAUGUUCUACCACAUGCUGCUCACCACCUCGUAUUUCUACCCAUUGCGCGAUACGCACGACUGUUUCGUGCAGCUAUGGGGCGAGCCAUUGACCGAGCAGCCCUUGCCGCAGAGCCUCGGCAAGCGCGCCGCGCCGCAAAAAGCGCCGCGCCAGAAAAAGCGCAAAAUCGAGAGCGGGGACGGCUUGGAUACCAUGCUCUACUUUCGACGCAACCGCCUGUUUUAUGCGCGCGCCGUGCAUGUCUACCGCUACGGGAUUGUACUCGGGCUUCCGCCGGACCAUGUCCUGCAGAAAAAAUCGUUUUCCAUCCGCGCGCGCGUGGCGAGACUCGCGCGGAGCAUGUUUCCCAUCCAGUUCGGCCUGCCGCCGCAGUGGCAAUCGACGCGGGCAAAAGGGGCGGGGCGCACGCGGUGGCCCAUGCGGCUCAAGGCAGUUGUGCCGAUGUUGCGGACCAUGCUGCGAAAACACGAUCAAUUCCAUUAUGCUGCUGCGCUGGAAGGAUGCUGCCCAUCAAAGCUCUUUGCGAAAAACGCGCCCGCGCCAGCACACGCGCAAGGACCGCCUUUUUAUGCGUGCGCAACCUCGCACGGCCGUGUUUGCUGGUAUGUGCGCACGGCACUCCACGCCAUUCUCCCGACGGCGCUCCUCGGCUCCGAACGCAAUCGCAGCGUCCUUGUUGCGCUGGCCACGCGCCUUGUCUGUGCACGCCGCGGCGAGCGACUGCACAUGCACGAUGCCUUGCAGCAUUUCCGCACGAACGACUGCGCAUGGCUCGGCAAGGAAACACGUGUUCCUCCAUGCGAGCAGGCCAAGCGCAAAGAACUGGUGCGCGAGAUGGUCUAUUGGAUUGUGGAGCAGUUCGUGCUUCCCCUCCUCCGCACGACGUUCUAUGCUACCGAAGCGGCUGCAUUCAAGCAGCGCGUGCUCUACUUUCGCCAGGAUCUUUGGACACGGAUCAGCGCGCCGCUCGUCGAGCGUCUCCGCGAGACACUCUUUGAGCGCGUCCCGCGGCUCGGACGUGGGGAAAUUGUGAACCCCAUUCGCAUGCUCCCGAAAGAAUAUACCCUGCGCCCCAUUGUGAACUUGAAGCGGCGGACCAACGAGGGCACGCCUGUGAAUGUGCGCCUCCAGAAUGCGUUUGAUAUUAUGGCCUACGAAGCGUCGCGGCGUCCGGAAAUGUACGGAAAUGCAGUGCACGGGGCAAACGAUAUUUACGUGCGCUUGCGCAAGUACAAAGCAUCGCUGCUCCAUACGCACGGCCACAUCCCACCCCUCUACAUUGUCCGCGCAGAUAUCAGCGCCGCAUUUGAUUCCCUCGACCAUGCCAGCCUCCUGCGUCUGGUGCGCGCGAUGCUGUCUCAGCAGCAAGAGUAUGUAGUGCAGCGCUACGCGCAGCUCAAACUCGGGAUUGGGCGUGUGACGCGGAGCAGCGUGCGCCGCGCGACGCUCGACGCCGAGUACCCCACCUUUCUCUCGACCAAGCCCAACGCACGGCAUGCUGUAUUGGUCGACCAUGUUGCGUAUGCACUGGUCGAUGCCACGCAGGUCCUACAGCAGAUCGAGUCGCACAUUACCCGGAGUCUGGUGCGGUUCAAUGGAACGGUGUACCGCCAGCGCCGUGGAAUCCCACAGGGCUCCAUCCUCUCUACAGCCUUGUGCAAUAUGCUUCUUGCAGACGUUGAGCGACGCUACAUGAAGGAUGUGGAAGGGUGUUUGAUGCGCUACACGGAUGAUUUCUUGCUGCUCACAACCUCCCGCGCAUCCGCACUCCACUUCUGCACAGCGCUCCACGAAGGCUUCCCCAAGCACGGCUGCUUUAUCGCGCGCGAAAAGACGCUCGUGAAUUUCGAUGUGGUCUGCGGCGGCGCGCGCUUUGCGCGAAUCGGGACGGAUGCGCCUGUCCCGUGGUGCGGCUACGAAAUCCAUCCCCGCACCUUGGCCGUCACCGCCGACCGCGCACGCUAUCCGCACCAUUUGGCCGAUACCAUCACCGUACAUACAGGCACGCGACCGGGCGAGGCACUUGUGUACCGCUUGCUGCACGCCAUGCGCGCGCGGAUUCAUAUCUUGUACAUGGACACGGAUCUGAACACCGUGCAGGGCAUGCAUGCCAACGUGCUCGAAGGCUUUGCGCUCGCCGCGGCAAAAUUGCACGCCUACUGCCGCGCGAUGCGCCCCCGAAUCGUUUUGCCGCGGCUGCUUUUGCGUGCGAUUCGCCAUGCAGUGCGCAUGACAUACCCAAUGAUGACGGCGAGGGCAAAGCUCGCCACGACACUGCACAAAGAAACAACGUGCACGCUUCACCGCGCGUCCAUAGAAUGGCUCGGCUUUUUUGCCUUUGGCGCGUUUUUCGGCGCGCGCCAGGGGUACGAGCCGCUUGCGGCUGCACUGCAGCGUCUGUGGGGCGUUGGGCGCUUUGUGCAUGGCCAAAGUAUGCAGCUAGCGUAG